AUGAGAUCUAAUAAAAGUAAAUCAAAUGGGAUGGGCUCCAAAUAACAAGAGAAAAUUGUUAAAGUACGAGUAAAAUGGAGACAAGGUACACGCAUGGAACAAUGUCGAAUAUCUAUGAAGAUGAAAUGAGUAGAGUGGAUCUUCAAGAGAAGAUAUGUGGAGUAGUGUAGGAAUUGGAAUUUUUACCAUUUCGAAAUCUAUAAAAUUACAGCAAUAUAUGGGUGGAUCGGGUAGUAUACUACUAGUAGUACAAAUUAAAGACAAUGAAAUAGCGGCGAGCUGAGGUUUGACUGUUCCAGUUUAUUCAGUGAUUAAAAGACCCGAUGGAUCGAUCGAUCGAUCUAGCUUCCAGUGUUUCAGUUUUUGUCGUCAUCUUGAAAAGCCGACACCUGAUAGGACCUGGAGAGGCCGGCAGGGGUGGCAAACACGAUUUUUCCGGCAUCCGGGUCGGGGAUGUGGAUAUAAGAGAGGGUGACCCAGAUGAGGAGCUCCUUGGACUGGACGCCGGUAACGCGUUUCAUCCGCCGGUCUUCGACGAAGGCGGUCACCUCUUUGUCGUACCAGACGCGCUUCCCGAUCUUCUCGAAAGUGUGCUCCUUGGCCUCCCUCUGCCUCAACCACACGAAUCCGGUCUCCAAGUUCCGGCCGACCUCCGAGAUGUCGCCGAGGGGGAGGAGCCCCGACGGCAUGUUGAUCUCGCGGAGGAGCUCCAGGACCUUCUCCUUGCAAACCGUCGGAUCGGUGUGUAUCUCGGCGUUCUCUCGGUGCUUCUCGAUGAGUUCCAUGGACGAAGACGACAUGUUCACAGAUGGUUUCACGAAAG